AUGUUUGCAGCUACGAAGUCUCAAUUGGCUACAUACCUGCUAGGGGUCUGCCCGUUUUCGAUCGCUUUCCUGGUCUUCCUGAACUCAACGGUCUCGUUUGUGAUCACAGAUAUCAUCGGCCGGGGCCAUGGCGUCGGAGAUGCCGUUGGCAGUUUGGGAUUCGCUGACGAGCUGGUCGCGAUGUUCGCAUGUCCGAUCUGGGGCGUUCUGUCCGAUUAUAUGGGUCUGCGUUUUGUCUGUGUUUGCGGAUAUCUGAUCAUAUGUCUAGCAUUGGCGUUAUUUGUUCAGGCGCACAAUGUGUACCCUCAGCUGCUACUCACGAGACUCCUGUUCAGUCUUGGAGGUGCGGCGGCAUCCACGAUGGUGACGGCUAUCCUUCCCGCCGUUGCUGCAGGCACUUCCAACGAGCUGACUGACCCCGGUUUGACGAGAGAUGGCCACGCUGAUGGCGGCGCUGGACACGCUUCAAGCCCUUCCAUUGCCUCGGAACUGACGAUCACACCUGCAACAUUCAUGUCUCAACCACGCAGACGUCGCAGUCCUCCUAGUACCACAAAGCCUGAGCCAGACAUUUCCCGCUCAACGAAUCAAAUCGCUGGUUUCGUCGGAAUGUUUACUGGUUGCGGUGCUCUCAUCGCCCUGAUGGUGUUCCUUCCCCUCCCGGCCAAGUUUCAAUAUGCUGGAGUCGGGAUGAAGGACUCUCUGAAGUACAGCUUUUACAUUGUGGCCUUCAUAGCAUUCAUCUUGGCCGUCUGGUGCUUCAUUGGUCUCCGGCAUCUUCAGGAGACAUCCAAGGAACAUGGAUCAGGCCACCCGAGCCCUCGGCCUGAGCUAAGCAUGCCAGUGCUUCGAAGGUAUCUGCGUGACAUGUUCGACAACUUCGUUAAAGCUAUUUCCAAUGGUUUCAAACGUCCUGAGAUAGCGCUGGGUUACCUAGGGGGAUUUGUGGCUCGUGCUUCGUCCGUUGGUAUCUCACUCUUUAUUCCACUCCUGGUCAAUGCCAUGUUCAUGUCCUCCGGCCUAUGCACAGACAAUAUCUCCGAGGGAGGCCCUGCGGGUCUUCCAGACAUUAAAAGAAAGUGUCCGCGCGCAUAUAUUGUCGCAGCGGAGUUGACAGGGACUUCAGAAAUGGUGGCUCUUGUUGCCGCUCCCCUAUUUGGUUAUUGGUCAGCAAGAGCUUCAAGAAAGGAAAUUCCUCUUCUUUGCUCCUCAAUCGCUGGAUUAAUCGGGUAUCCGCUGUUCCCCAAUUUAUUCGAUCCCGAUGGCGAGAACACAGCUCGCCGUAUUGCAGCCUUCCUCUCCGUUUCCUUGAUUGGCUUCAGCCAGAUUGGAGCAAUUGUGUGCUCCUUGGGCACUUUGAGCAGUGCAAUUCUUCGGAAAGAACCCGGCCCAGCUGGGCCUCCAGAGGGGAUUGCCGGUGACAACGAUGUUGCUGCAACAGAGAAUCAGCCACUUCUGGAUUCGGUGGGACAGCCAGCCAAAGACGUGUCUUUGUCCACCGUCAAGGGUUCUGUUGCUGGUGUAUACUCAUUCUACGGGGGUGCCGCAAUUUUGAUAUUGACCAAAGGGGGUGGUCUUCUAUUUGACAAGGUGUCUUUAGCCGGUCCCUUCUACAUCAUGGCUGCUUUCAACGCAGUAUUGAUGCUUGAUUGUGCAGCUUUAUGGCUUGGGGGCACGAAAGCGCAGCCUCGCGGGCCUUCCGGAACGACCUAA